AUGCCAACAGCAACCAACACCCUCAAAGCUAAGGAGCAGCAGCAGCAGGAAGUAGAAGAGUUCGUUACCGCCGUCCGCCCGCUCAAGCCUGGACACCGAAUAAACAGCCCUACCGCCUCAACAAGCCCAAAAAUGCCACCCAUGUUGACCGCAACACUGCAGACUGUGUUCCUAAACAUACUCUCCAACAUCCUCGCGCAGCUCUUACAAGCUUACCAAAAGAACGUCCCGCUAUCACUCAACAUUACCCCGCUGGUCAACUUUGGACUCUUCGCCCUUCUAUCGACACCGCCAAACAUCCUGUGGCAGGAAUGGCUUGAGUCCGCGUUCCCGUCGCAGGUGCCAACCGAGAACAAUGAAAAGUCGGGGAAGAAGAAGCUCUCGCUGGCAAACACGGCAAAGAAGUUUGUGCUGGACCAGGCCCUGGGUGGGCCCGUGAAUACGGCGCUGUUUAUUGCGGGAAUGGCAGGCCUGAGGGGGCUACCGAGCGAGGAGAUUGUGGCCACAGUGAGAAGCGACUUUUGGCCGCUCGUGAUUGCAUCGCUGAAGUUGUGGCCGGCGGUAGCGAUUAUAUCGUUUACGCUGAUCCCCGUGGAGCGGCGGACGGUGUUUGGUGCGAUGGUGGCCCUGGGGUGGAAUGUUUACAUUGGCCUGGUCAUGAACAUGUCCUGA